UCUAUUUCAAGAGCCGAAACCUCGCGCCCAAUUUCUCUCUCUUCUCUCUCUCUACCCUCAUCGGUGAAGCCUUCGUUCCCCCGAUCUUCCCUCUCGUUUUGAAUGUCCAUGAAAUCUCUUUUCCUUCUUCAUAGAAAUCUAAAUAAAAUUCUUCUAACAAUGGUGAUUUUGUAGGGUUGGCUUUCCUUGAAUUUCACCCAUGGGGUUUGGAAUCAAAACAGGUAUUCUUUGUUUAUAAUCAAUUCCAUUUGUUCUUACUCAUUUUUUCUCUCUCUUUUUUUCUUUUUUUAAACUUUUUUGGUGCUGAAAUGAUUGUUAUACGUCGAUUCAUCGACGAGAUGCCUGAGAAAUUCGAACGUCAAGGCGUGAGGGACCUGGAGGCAGGGCUGCGGCUUUCGUCCAGCACCAGCUGUCUGUAUGAGCUGCAGCCUCCGCCUUCUCCGACGACACCGAGUUUGGUGCUGUCCAGUUCAGGGAAGACGUUGCUCGUAUCGAACUCCAGUGACAGGCAGACACAAUGACACUGAGCUGCAUUUGGCGGUGCAGAGGGGUGAUUUGACUGCUGUGAGACAGAUUUUGGGUGAAAUUGAUGCUCAGAUGGUUGGAACUCUGAGUGGAGCAGAUUUUGAUGCAGAGGUUGCAGAGAUAAGGUCUGCUAUUGUGAAUGAGGUGAAUGAGUUGGGAGAGACGCCGUUGUUUACUGCUGCCGAGAAGGGGCAUUUAGAUAUUGUGAAGGAGCUGUUGCAGUAUUCCACAGAGGAGGGCAUGACUAUGAAGAAUAGGUCUGGUUUUGAUCCUUUUCAUAUUGCUGCUAGUCAAGGUCAUGAAGCCAUCGUCCAGGUAUUGUUAAACCACGAUCCACGACUGAGUAAAACAGUUGGCCAAUCAAAUGCAACUCCUAUUAUUUCUGCUGCUACAAGAGGCCAUAUCGGAGUAGUCAAUGUGUUGCUUUCAACAGAUUCUAGCUCGCUCGAGAUACCGAGGUCCAACGGGAAGAAUGCAUUACAUUUAGCUGCUCGACAAGGGCAUGUUGAAAUUGUGAAAGCUUUGCUUCGCAAAGAUCCACAACUGGCUAGGAGGAAUGACAAGAAAGGGCAAACAGCAUUGCAUAUGGCUGUAAAAGGAACCAGCUGUGAAGUGGUGAAGCUGCUUCUUAAUGCAGAUCCAGCCCUUGUCAUGCUUCCUGACAGGUUCGGCAAUACUGCAUUACAUGUUGCAACCAGGAAAAGGAGGGCAGAGAUUGUCAAUGAAUUAGUACUCGUUCGGGACACGAAUGUGAAUGCAUUGACUAGAGACCUUAAAACAGCCUAUGACAUAGCCGAAGGACUUCCGCUAUCUGAAGAAACCUCAGAGAUAAAAGAAUGCUUCGCACGUUGUGGGGCAUUAUGCGCAACUGAUCUCAACAAACCACGAGAUGAGCUAAGACAAACAGUGACAGAGAUAAAAAAGGAUGUCCAUAAUCAGCUUGAACAAGCUCGCAAGACGAACCGAAACAUGAAUGGGAUUGCAAAGGAACUCCGGAAGCUCCAUAGAGCUGGAAUAAACAACGCAACCAACUCGAUCACAGUCGUUGCUGUGCUCUUUGCAACAGUUGCAUUCGCAGCAAUUUUCACGGUUCCGGGUGGCGACGAUAUUACUGGAAUGGCUGUGAUGGUUGGCAGUCCAUCAUUCAAAGUGUUCUUCAUAUUCAAUGCCAUUGCCUUGUUCACAUCCUUGGCAGUCGUUGUGGUUCAAAUAACAGUCGUGAGAGGAGAGACGAAAUCAGAGAGACGAGUCGUGGAAGUGAUCAAUAAGUUAAUGUGGUUGGCAUCCGUCUGCACUACAAUAGCAUUUAUUUCUUCAUCUUUUAUUGUGGUUGGUCGGCGUAACAGAUGGGCAGCUGUUCUUAUUUCCAUCAUUGGUGGUGUAACAAUGGCUGGCAUUCUAGGUGCCAUGACAUACUACGUGAUCAAGUCCAAACGCAUCAGAAGGGUGAGAAAAAAGAUGAAGAUUAUGAGGAGUGGAACCAAUUCAUGGCGUCAUUCAGAGUCUGAUUCAGAAGUAAACCCAAUCUAUGCCAUUUGAUAUGAUCCUCCCGACGUUUCGAACACGGUUAUCCCGAAAAAUCCCCUGCCCCAUUGCAGUUCAGCAGCUAGGGGGUACUUGUGCUGUGCCAGAGGAUGUGUAAUAGUACUACUACUCCAGGUUCCCAUUUUCAGACCAUCAUUCCUCUUUGAUGCAGUCGUUUCUUGAACAGAUGAUGAAACAUAUCUGAUGAUCCUAAGGGCCUUUGGGUUAAGAUUUCUUGGAUGGCGUAUUGAAUCGUCCAAGCCAGCUCGAAAUAUCAUCCAUAAUAGUUUAUGCAUACCUUUCUUCUAAUGUAAUUAAUUCAUAGAGUAUCUGUUGUUCAUGACUAAAAGAAAAUGUAAAAAAGCAAAAAAGAAAAAAAAAAAAAAAAUUAGUGAAGAGGAUUGCUUGCUUGUAAAGUGAAAUUUUGUACCUUUCUUUUGUUCUUACUUUUCAUGAAGAAGCUAGUUAGUUGUCAGUGAAGGCUGAAGAUUCAA